GGCGGCUCGCACUUUUCCAGUGGACGAGCGCUCACAACGUUGCGAGGGACGACCGAAAUGACCGAAAUGGCGUCGCCCGCCACGCCCUCGGCAGCAGCCAUGCGUUCGGCCGAGGAAUCGAAGCGAUGCGAUGACGCCGUCGACGCACCCGAAAACGCAUUGCUACAACGCAGACUGUUACAAACGCGGCGCUGCCUCCAACUCGCGCUAGCCAUGGCUUUCUUCGGCACCGGGCUGAUCUUCCUGCUGUGGUACACGGGCGGCGGCUGCGCCCUCGCGCGGCACGGGCGCCGCCGCGACUACACGGAGCUGCGCAUCUCCUACAUGCUCUGCUGCCCGAGUAUCUACGUCGUCGGCGUCGUGGGUUACGCGGGAGGCGCGUUGCUCGCCCUGGUCGCGCUCGCGCUCCACGACCGCGAGGUGUCGGCGGCGGCGACGGCGGCGCUCGGCCGCACGUGCAGCGGGUGCUGCUGGCGGACGACGCGCGACGGGCGCUGCUUUUGUUCGCUGAGCGCGGGCGCGACGGCGCUGGCCUUCGCGUACGUGGCCCUGGUGGGCCUCUUCCUGCUGGCGAUGUUUCCCGUGCGGCCCUGUUCCCAGCGCCUGGCCCCGGGCCGCGGCUGGCCCCACGCGCUCGGGUCGCUGCUCUUCUUCUUUAGCGGCGACGGGCUCCUGGGCACGUUGCUCUUCGCCUGCGACGACGAGGGCGCCUACGGCUUCAUGCGAGGAGCCGUGGCCUUCAAGGUCGCGUCGCUGGUCGCGCUCGUCGCGUCGCUCGCCGCGGCCUUCGCCGGCGCGCCCGGCCUCGCGUCGCAGGGCCUCGCCGUGCUCACGAUCUGGCUCGCGGCGCUGGCCUUCGAGCGCGAGCUGGCGCGCGGCGGGGAGGUGCUGCGCGAAAAGCAGCCCGUCAGUGAUGUCUAA